UUAUAGGGAAAAUGUGUCGCUCUUGUUCACAGGCUUUCAUCGGAAUCGCUUUUAUUUCUUUCCUUUUCACAGUGCCAGUGGAAGAAAUUCAGUUUAAGAGACAAUAUAGUAAAAACUGGUCGUGUAUUGGCUGAUUUUAGGUUUAAAUCUACUAUAUUUAUACAAGAUGCCCAAAUCCAAGAAGAGGAACAACAAGGGGGGGCAGCAUGGAGCUGUGCAGCCUUUCAGCGAUGAGGAAGCUUCUGUUGAGACACUCAGUCACUGCAGCAGUUUUAGUGAUGCCAACAGUGUGGCAGAGGAUGGUGGAGAGGUGGAGGAUACAGCUCAUGAUGAUUUUGAGUACAAAUUGAAGGUUUACAUUGAUUGCACGGUUGAUAAAAGUGCUAAAACCAGACAAGGUGCCCUUGAUGGAUUGAAGACUGCCAUGGCAACCAAAAUCUUGCAUGAAUUCAUUUUGGAGAGAAGGAUGACCAUCACAGACAGCAUCGAGCGCUGUUUGAAAAAAGGUAAAAGAGAUGAGCAGCGGGCAGCAGCAUCCCUGGCUUGUCUCCUGUGCAUUCAGCUAGGCUCUGGAAUCGAGAGUGAGGAGGUUUUCAAGACUCUCAAACCCAUAUUCAAGACUAUCUUAAACGACGGAACAGCAAACAUCCAGUCCAGACAGGCUUGUGCAACAGGUCUAGGUCUCUGUACUUUAGUAGCUGAAGAUGAUAUCUUGGAUGUGUACGCCACCAUGGAGUGUUUUGAGAGCCUUUUUACCUGCUCGUACGUGCGUGAGGAUGGCAGCAGGCCUUCUCUGAGCCCACAGACUGUUCAGUUGCACACCAACGCACUGCUCUCCUGGGCUCUGUUGCUCACCAUCUGCAGUGCCAGCCACAUCACAGCCAUCAUCCACAAGCAUUUGGCGAAGCUGCCACGUUUGCUGGAGAGCGAGGAUGUUAACAUGCGCAUUGCAGCUGGAGAGACGAUCGCCCUGCUGUUCGAGCUUGCCAGAGAUGUUGAUCCGGAGUUUGACUGGGACGACUGGGAGCUGUUGUGCGACAAACUGAGUGCUCUAGCCACUGACUGCAACAAACACCGUGCCAAGACUGAGAAGAGGAAGCAGAGGUCUGUCUUUAGGGAUGUUCUAAAAGCUGUGCAGGAUGGGGACUUUGAGACUGAGACGAUCCGCUUUGGCACUGAAAGAAUGGUAAUCAACAGCUGGGUGAGGAAGAGGACCUACGAUGCUUUCAGAGAGUUUGUGGGAUCUGGAAUGAAUUACCAUUUACAGGCGAACGAGUUCAUUAGAGACGUGUUUGAACUGGGACCAGCCCUGCUGAUUGAUUCUGCUGCCCUAAAAGCUAUGAAGAGCUCCAGACUGGAGAGGCACCUCUACAAUGCUGCUGCGUUCAAGGCUCGCACCAAGGCCAGAAACAAGUUUCGUGACAAAAGAGUGGAUGUGGGUGAAUUUUAGAGUUCUUCUUUCUAUUUAUUAAUAUAUCCUUUACUUAGAAUUAAUAUUUGGGUCUUAUGUGGUAUACUUUGCUCCCUCUCUUUCUAUGUAUUUAAUAUUAGAAUUUCAUUUUAACAUUGUGGUGUAUUGUAGGAUUUAUUGUGGGAUGCCUUUGUGUAAAACUUACUUUCCAUGUUUAAAUUAAUUGGAACUAUUUUGCUCUUAUGUUAUUAUGAUCUAUUGUAUGUGUAUAAGUAUGAAAUUAUUUUUCCUAAUUAUUAACUAAGUUGAAAAAAAAUUGUAAAUUUCUUUUUUGAGAAUAAACAGCUGCUGAAGCUA